AUGGCGGACCCAUUUUCCAUCGUGACAGGCUGCGUAGGCCUCAUCACCGCAGCGGCAGCGACAGCUAAGGCCAUAACAUCCUUCAUACGCGACUGUCGAGCCGCGAGAGGCGAUCUGACGAGUGUUGCACGCGAGUUGGCCGACCUGCAGCUCGUUCUCGAGGUUCUUAAAGAAGAUGGGCAGGGCGACGCGCUGCCAAGUUCCUUACAGGCGCAGAUCGACCGAAUCGUCAGGAGAUGUAAUCGUGUCGUCAAGAAUAUCAAAAAAGUAUUGAAACGAUGUAAAGCGCCGUCCGGAGCUAUCGUGUGGGCUGCUAAAAAGAAGAAGGAGGUCGAGGCUUUGGAGAGAGAGUUGACGACGUACCGUGAGUCGCUAAGCUUAACUGUCGAGACGACCACGUUGUUGAUUGCGAGAGGCAUAAAAGCAGACACGAAAGUCAUUCGAAACCAUACGCAGUUCAUACCGGGGAUCAAAGAUGACACGGAGAAGAUAUUGGAAGAAAUCCAAUGGCUUCGGGCCUCACGUCAACCAGAAGACGGCGAUGUCAAGCGCACAAACACGAUCCUUGAAGACUAUCUUGACGGGCUUACAGUCUAUGCUGAGUCCGUUUGCGGAGAUGAGGUCCAAGAGCCGGGCAGGGGAGGCAAAGAAAGGAAAGGAAACGAGGUGGUCACCGAUGUCCCAGCCGCCGAACAGACAAGCAACUCGCGCGAAAAGAAAGAUGCCAGGUUUGAAGAGAAGGAGUCGUCACGCGAGUCUUCAUCGCUGGGGAGCAAGUGUAACAAAUGCCACUCACCCAUUGACGAGCAAGCUUUGAAGACAAAAUCCUGCGGUCACUGGUUAUGCAGCAAGUGUCUGCGAUCAAAGAUGGAAGCGUGGAUACAGCCUCCUCAUAUCUCCCCUGUAUGCUGCCGCCAUCCGAUUGAGUGGUGGCGAAGCGGAUUCCCUAUCGACGACCAGCUCAAGGACAAAGAUAACUCUCCCAUGUCCUCGAGAAAGUUGCGGAGCAGAAUCUUGGACCUAUAG